AUGUCCUCAUCCGACCUCCACCUCUAUACUACACAGACGCCUAAUGGGAUCAAGAUCUCCAUCACCCUGGAGGAACUUGGACUGCCGUAUAAAACAACCAAGAUAGAGUUCUCGAAGAACACUCAGAAGGAGCCGUGGUUUCUCGAGAUCAAUCCUAAUGGACGUAUUCCGGCGCUGACCGAUACGUUCGAAGAUGGCAAGACGAUAAGAUUGUUCGAGAGCGGGGGGAUUAUGCAGUAUCUUGUUCAGAGAUAUGACAAGGACCACAAGAUCUCCUACCCAGCUGGAACCAGGGAAGCUAUCGAGAUGACCAACUGGCUCUUCUUCAUGAACGCCGGCGUCGGGCCCAUGCAAGGGCAGGCCAACCACUUCACUCGCUACGCCCCGGAGCAGAUCGAGUAUGGCAUCAACCGGUACCAGAAUGAGACGAGGAGGCUGUAUGGGGUGUUGGAUAAGCAUUUGAAGGAUGCAGGGACAGAGUAUUUGGUGGGGGAUAAGUGUACGAUUGCUGAUAUUGCGCAUUGGGGCUGGAUCUCUGCUGGUGGAUGGGCUGGUAUCAACAUCGACGACUUCCCAACGCUCAAGCAAUGGGAAGACCGUAUGUGGGCAAGGCCAGCGGUACAGAAGGGUGCCAAUGUGCCUGAUCCGUACAAGAUGAAGGAACUUCUCGCCGACAAGGAGGCCAUGGAGAAGCAUGCCGCAAAGAGUCGUGAGUGGGUGCAGCAGGGCAUGCGCGAGGAGGCUGAGAAGAAUAAGGCGAGGGCCGGUGGGAAGUGA